UUAAUAGAUAGGAGGAGAAUGCAGUAAAUUGGUGAAGGCGGAGUAGCAAAUCUUUAUUAUAUAAUUUUCCACCGCAGUAUUAGGAGAGCCACAAUGGACAAAACGGCAAUUGCCCUUGAAGCUAUCAGCAAGGGAAUUGUUGAUCUGGAAAACAUCCCUCUUGAAGAAGUUUUUGAGAAAUUAAAAUGUACACGAGAAGGUCUUAGUUUAGAUGAGGUUGACAAGCGAUUGACUGUGUUUGGGUACAACAAACUUGAAGAGAAAAAGGAAAAUAAAAUUCUGAAAUUUCUGGGAUUUAUGUGGAAUCCUCUCUCAUGGGUUAUGGAAGCAGCAGCAAUCAUGGCCAUUUCUGUUGCAGAUUUAGGGAAUGAGGCUGUAGGUUACCAUGACGUUUUUGGCAUUCUGUUUCUGCUUCUUGUCGAUUCAGGCAUCAGCUUUGUAUUUGAAAGCUAUGAUGACAAUGAAGUGGUGGCCCUUAUGGCUAGGCUGGCUCCAAAAGCAAAGGUUUUACGAGAUGGCAAAUGGAUUGAGGAACAUGCUUCUGUGUUGGUUCCUGGAGACAUUAUCAGUAUCAAACUGGGAGAUAUCAUCCCUGCUGAUGCAUGUUUACUUGAAGGAGAUCCUCUGAAAAUUGAUCAGUCUGCUCUCACAGGAGAGUCAUUCCCAUUAACAAAACAUACUGGUGAGGGAGUUUACUCUGGUUCAACAUGUAUGCAAGGUGAAACUGAAGCAGUGGUUACUGCAACUGGAGUGCAUACUUUCUUUGGAAAGGCAGCUCAUCUUGUGGAAACAAGUACACAUGUUGGGCAUUAUCAGCAGGUUUUAACAGUAAUUGGAAACUUUUGCAUUUGCUCAAUUGCCAUCGGAAUGUUGAUUGAGAUCAUCAUAAUAUACUGGGUCCAACACAGACACUAUCGUUCCGGAAUAGGUAACCUGGUUGUCCUACUCAUUGGCGGUAUCCCAAUUGCAAUUCCAGCAGUUGUGUCUCUUAUCAUGUCCGUGGGUUUUCGUCACCUAACUCAGCAGGGUGUUAUAACCAAGAGAAUGGCAGCUAUUGAGGACAUGGCUGGGAUGGAUGUGCUCUGCAGUAAUAAGACAGGAACUUUAACUCUUAACAAACUUACAAUAGACAAGAAUAUGAUCGAGGUUUUUGCCAAAGGUUUUGACAAGGAAAUGGUUGUAUUGAUGGCUGCAAGAGCUUCAAGAUUGGAGAAUCAAGAUGCUAUUGAUGCUGCAAUUGUUUCAAUGCUGGCUGAUCCUAAGGAGGCACGAGCAGGAAUUACAGAAGUUCACUUCCUUCCAUUCAAUCCAACUGAUAAGAGGACAGCUCUUACAUACAUUAACAGUGCUGGUAACAUGCACAGGGCUAGCAAGGGUGCACCAGAGCAGAUUCUCAAUCUGGCACAUAACAAAUCAGAUAUUGAAAGAAGAGUGCAAUCAAUAAUCGAUAAAUUUGCAGAGCGUGGGAUUGGAUCCCUUGCAGUUGCAUGUCAGGAAGUACCUGCUGGCACCAAAGACAGUCCUGGUGGGCCCUGGGAAUUUGUUGGUCUUCUCCCACUCUUUGACCCACCUCGCCAUGACAGUGCUGAAGCAAUGAGAAGAGCUCUAGAUCUCGGAGUAAGUGUUAAGAUGAUAACAGGUGACCAAUUGGCCAUUGCUAAGGAGACUGGGAGAUGGCAUGGAAUGGGCACAAACAUGUACCCUUCAUCAUCUUUGCUUGGAAAUGACAAGGACCAGUCUAUUGCAACCUUACCAGUUGAUGAACUUAUUGAAAAAGCUGAUGGCUUUUCUGGUGUCUUUCCUGAACAUAAGUAUAAGAUUGUGAUGCGAUUACAAUCAAGAAAGCACAUCGUUGGGAUGACAGGAAAUGGAGUCACUGAUGCACCUGCAAUUAAGAAAGCAGACAUAGGAAUUGCUGCGGCAGAUUCAACAGAUGCUGCUCGAGGUGCUUGUGACAUAGUACUGACAGAGCCUGGGCUAAGUGUAAUCAUUAGUGCUGUAUUAACCAGCCGCUCAAUCUUUCAAAGAAUGAAGAACGUCAUGACAUAUGCAGUAUCUAUCGCAGUGCGUAUGGUUCUAGGUUUUCUGGUGUUGACUGCAUUCUGGAAGUUCGAUUUCCCUCUUUACAUGGUUCUCAUGAUUGCCAUUCUUAAUCAUACUAUUAUGAUUGCUACAGACGAUGACAGGGUGAAGCCAUCUCCAGUUCCUGACAGUUGGAAGCUUAGUGAAAUUUUUGUGACUGGGAUUGUCACAGGAACUUACCUUGCCCUAAUGACAGUUGUAUUCUUCUGGGCAGCUUAUGAAACCAGUUUCUUUGCGAAGAACUUCCACGUAACAAACUUCAACAAGCAUCAGUACAAUCUCUCAGAUGAGAAAACCUUAGACCAUCUGCAUGCACAGUUGGCAUCUGCAGUGUACCUUCAAGUUAACACCAUCAGCCAGGCUUUAAUAUUUGUGACUCGCUCCAGGGGCUGGUCGUUCAUGCAAAGAGAAAGACCUCGUCUUCGUCUUGUUUCUGCCUUUGUCAGCAUUCAAUUGGCCGCAACAGUGAUAUCUGCCACAGCAUCCUUGGAAUUUGCUGGGAUUAAAAAGAUUGGUUGGGGUUGGACUGGUGUUAUUUGGCUAUACAACAUUCUAACCUAUAUGUUGCUUGAUCCUAUCAAAUUUGGUGUGCAAUAUGCUCUUAGUGGGAGAGCUUAGGGUCUGAUGCUAAAUCAAGGAGUGAGUUCCAAAUAUCCCUCUCAUAUCUUAACACUGUGCCUUGAUGGGAAUUUAGCUCGAGUGUUCAAGGUUGAAUAAUGGGGUUUGAUUUGCUAUUGUGUUCUUUGUUAAUCGAUCUCCAGAGUUAGUAGAAUCAA